UCUCAUACACGCAGACAGACAAGCGCGUCAGAUCAAAAAAGCCUUGCAUAGGGGAGGGAGGUCGACUAUGCUGUGCAGCAUGAUGCGUUAUGGCUCAGUCUUUCACGUUUCUCUUCUAUAAUAAAUAAUAACCACUGUCUCUUCACGUACUGCUCCAUGGAUGUACAGUGUGUCGAUGUUUCUUUUCGUCUUGCCGUUAUUGGCCAAGAUGCCUGCUGUGGAUAUUGCGUUGUGUGGAAAACGAAGAGAUAUCUUUAAGGAUUCGGCUGUUUGCUUGGUUUUAUGACAGCCUCCCGACAAGACUGACAAGCCAGGAUCAGAGGCAGCCAGCAGUGUCUAAAUGAAGUUUCCUAGCCAUGCAAUGUUCCUGGAAGGCUGUGAUCCUGCUAGCCUUGGCCUCCAUUGCCAUCCAGUACACAGCCAUCCGGACUUUCACCUCCAAGCCCUUUCACCUCUGUCCCAUGCCAAGCCCCCAGAACUGUGGCCUGGGCGCCCAGGACACAGACCCGUCUUUUGAGCGUGGCUGUGAGGAGUACCCCUAUUUCAUCUACAAUGCCUCGCGCAAAACCCACAUCUUAGUGCUGGCCACCACCCGCAGUGGGUCCUCUUUUGUGGGCCAGCUGCUCAACCAGCACUCGGACGUCUUUUAUCUCUUUGAGCCCCUCUACCACGUCCAGACAGCGCUCAUCCCGCGCCUCUCCCACAGUCGUAAUGCGGCGGACCGCCGGGUGAUGCUGGGGGCGAGCCGCGACUUGCUGCGCAGCCUCUAUGGCUGUGACCUUCACUUCCUGGAGAGCUACAUCAAGCCACCGCCAGCCAACCACACUACGGACAAGCUAUUCCGCCGCGGGGCCAGCAAGGCGCUGUGCUCGCAGCCGGUGUGCGAUGCGUUCGGCCCGGCCGAUGCCAACGUGGAGGAGGGCGACUGCGUGAAGAAGUGCGCGGCCCUCAACAUGACGCUGGCCGCCGAGUCCUGCCGCGAGAGGCGGCACAUGGCCAUCAAGAUCGUGCGCGUGCCGGAGAUCGGCGACCUGCGGGCACUGGUGGAGGACCCUCGGCUCAACCUGAAGGUGAUCCAGCUGGUCAGGGACCCCCGGGGGAUUCUCUCCUCUCGGAUCGAGACGUUCCGGGACACGUACCGGCUGUGGAGGAUCUGGAGGGCUACAGGGAGGAAGCCCUACAACCUGGACCUGACGCAGUUGACCAUGGUGUGUGAUGACUUCCUCAGCUCCGUGUCCACAGGCCUCAGCCACCCACACUGGCUGAAAGGAAAGUACAUGCUAGUGCGAUACGAGGACUUAGCACGGAACCCGCUGCAGAAGACGAAAGAGAUCUAUGACUACCUGAGCUUGCCAAUGGACAAGAACGUGGUGGACUGGAUACAGGCCAAUACCAGAGGAAGUAACGAGCUCUCGGCCAAACAUAAGUACGGUACGGUGAGAGACUCUGCGGCUAACGCCGAGAGCUGGAGGCUGAAGUUGUCCUUUGAGAUGGUGGACUACACGCAGACCGUAUGUCAGAAGGUCCUCAACAUUCUUGGCUACAAAAGUGCCAAGUCCGCAGAGGAGCUCAAGAACAUGUCUGUUUCGCUUGUGCAGGACAAGAGUUUUGUACCCUUUUCGUAACAAAGAUAGUUGUUGGAGACUAUUUUGAUAUAUUUAUAAUUGUUGCCUUAUGACUAUUAAUGUUAUUUUGAGCUUAUGAUCUUGAUUUGUUUCCCAUCUCCUUUGAAAUUUGCACUAAGACUUUGCAGUCCAUGAAUUCCUGCUGUUUCAGGCUCCCAGCUAAUUUAAGAUGAGCACAACAAAAAUGAGACCAGGGAAUGAGCUUUCUGAGUUUCUGAUCUAGAUUUAAGAAUUUCUUGUUUUUAAAAGGACCAUUAUGAGUUAUUUCACUGAUAUGAUCAAAUGCAACCACCAAUACCAACAGUCCAGACUCCUCAACGACUGGCUGUCGCUUCAAUGCCAGUGAAUGUUGCCAUAUUUCCAUCCAGGGCAGUAUAUGUGUUGAAUGAAUGCUAAGGAAAUGUGCAAGACCAUUCAUGACGUAGAAAAAAACACACUGUACAAAAGCAACUGUGCAAUAAAUGGUGAAUGUCACAGUC